GUUUGUGUGUGCGUGAAGGAAGAGACAUCCAGCGAGUGAAAGGGAAGAGACUGCGAGCCUGCGAGUGAGAGUUUCUGUACUAUCCGCCCCCUGCUCCCGAACACUGACGGGAUGGGCGGACUCUCCAGUCACAGCUCAGCUGGGUCAGCCCUGAGUACAGUCUCGCCUUGCGCUCCCUCCUUGAAUCUCACAGCUCGCCUCUUUCCGUGGCUGCCGGUGUGGAAGGAGAUGCCUUCCCUUUACCCCUAUUAUCACUCUCUCCCAGUCCUUCUGAUCGCCGUGGGAACCCCGUAGGGAUUUAUAACCUGUAGCUGCUGGCAGACAUAACAUUUGUUUGACGAAAUCUCCUUGCACGUUUCCUCGUCUGACUGGACUUUCUUUUUUCCUGAUUUAAAAAAAAAAAAAAAAAAAAAUCAGGCAACCUUGGGCCCUCCUCUCUGUCUGUGCAAGAAGGAGAGAUGGCUGCAGACGGAGCUAGAUCUCGGUUUGGCAAUCUUGGCUAUCGCGGAGGUGGAGGCAGCAGUAACAGCAGCCCGUCUUCCAGCCCCAAGCUCGGAGGGGGAAAGAUCAGGACCCCGCCGCUACAGCAAAGGCGAACGGCAUCCCCCCACUCUGGCUCCUCGUCCUCCUCUUCACCUGGAGCCAAACACCAGCAGCUCAAACAGGCGCCCUUCUCCCCGGCUCACAGCUUCAGGAAAGUCACCCUCACCAAGCCCACCUUCUGCCACCACUGCACAGAUUUUAUAUGGGGGCUCGCCGGCUUCCAGUGCGAAGUUUGCAACUUCAUGUCUCAUGAAAAGUGUCUUAAACAUGUGAAGACUGUUUGUUCAUGCAUGGCUCCAAGUCUGGUGAGGGUUCCAGUAGCCCAUUGCUUCCGACCACCUGGACAUUAUAAGAAAAAGUUCUGUUCAGUGUGCCGAAAACACCUAGAAGAAAGUUUGACUUUAAGAUGUGAAGUUUGUGAACUUCAUGUGCACACAGACUGCGCCCAGUUUGCAUGCAGUGAUUGUCGUCAGUGCCACCAUGAUGGACAACAGAAUCACGACACAUACCAUCAUCACUGGCGAGAGGGUAAUACAUCUUCCAGUGCUCGUUGUGAAGUCUGCAAAAAGAACUGUGGUUCUUCAGAAGUUCUCUCUGGCAUGAAAUGCGAAUGGUGUGGGAUUCAGGCCCAUUCUGCUUGUUACAUAAUCCUUACUCAUGAAUGUACCUUUGGAAGACUUAGAAGUAUGGUGCUCCCGCCAAACUGCGUUCACUUGCAAGCUCGCAAUUUCAGCAAAAUGCACUGCUUUCGAAUAUCAGAGAACAUUCAAGCUGAGCAAGAUGAAGAUAAUGAAAAUGAUGGAAUAAUCCAAGGAUCUGUAAAAGAAACACCCACAUCUGCUGAUUCAAGCAAACAAAGUUUAAAGAUUUAUGAUGGUCAUGAUGCUGUUAAACGCAACCAGCCCAGAAUAAUCUCAGUACCAAGGAUUGCAAAGAGUGAAGAAGUAGUGGAGGCUGCCCUGAGAGCUUACUAUAUUCCAGAUGAGCCCCAGGAUUAUGAACUUCAGACACUGAUGCAGCAGACUUUAGUCAGUGAUGACAUUAUAAACAGAAAUGGUGCAAUGGAGGAUGGCAAAGUUGGAUCUGUGUUCAAGGAGGCAACCCCGGAAGCUUGGAUGAUAAGGGCCAAACCAAAGGAGCGUGAAAUUUUAAAAAUAUAUCCUGGAUGGAUGAAGGUUGGUGUGGCCUACAUAUCUAUUCCAGUAAAUAAAGAACACACAGUUCAAACCGUAAUUCAAGAAGUUCUCAUACAACUUGGGCGCCAGAAAGAGAAUCUGGAAAAUUUUAGGCUGGUGGAAGUCCUUAUGAGUAGCAAACAAGUACAGAGGAUGGUUUUGCCAUUUGAAGAAAUCAUUUUUGACAGACUUAAUGAAGUACGAAAGACUUCCAUUCGCCAAAUGAACCAAACAAGAUUUUAUAUUGAAGAAAAUGAGAAGCCUGAAAUCAAAAUACAUAUAUUUAUUAGUGGUUUACCUCCUUUGCUUUCUAGCGAAGAAUAUACAGAUCUCCUAAAAGAACAUCUAGCUAUAAAAGAUAAAUUGGUUUCGGUGAUACCAGCUUACUCUCCACAAGGUGCUGUUGUCCUGGAAAUUUUAUGUUUUUCUGAAGCAGAAAGAAUAUUUAUGCUAGUAAAAGACACAUCGAUUAACAACAAGCAGCUUCAUGGUGUUAUCAUUCCUCAUAUUAUGCAUGAAAAACUGCCUCAAGAAACCUGCCCGCUGCUUGUUUUUGUGAAUCCCAAGAGUGGAGGCCUUAAAGGCCGUGAUCUUCUCUACAGUUUCCGUAAACUAUUAAACCCACAUCAAGUUUUUGAGCUGACCAAUGGAGGUCCGCUGCCUGGAUUUCAUACUUUUUCACGGGUUCCUUAUUUUCGUGUACUUGUUUGCGGUGGUGAUGGAACUGUUGGCUGGGUGCUCGGAGCCCUAGAAGAGAUAAGACAUAAGUUGGCUUGUACUGAGCCAUCUAUAGCUGUUCUGCCAUUGGGGACUGGCAAUGAUUUAGGUAGAGUGCUGCGAUGGGGAGCUGGCUAUAGUGGGGAGGACCCAUAUUCUAUUCUGAUCUCUGUGAAUGAAGCUGAAAAUGUGCUAAUGGACCGCUGGACAAUACUGCUAGAUGCUCAGGAGGCAGUUGAUGUAAUGGAAAAUGGCAUUUCAGAACCUGACCCCCCGAAGAUUGUACAGAUGAACAACUAUUGUGGAAUUGGUAUUGAUGCAGAACUGAGUUUGGACUUUCACCAUGCCAGAGAGAUAGAGCCGGGGAAAUUUAACAGCAGGUUCCAUAAUAAAGGAGUAUAUGUAAAAGCUGGUCUGCAAAAGUUAAGCCAUAACAGAAAUCUACAUCGAGACAUGAAACUCCAGGUUGACCAACAGGAAGUGGAAUUGCCGAACAUUGAAGGUCUUAUUUUUCUCAACAUACCCAGCUGGGGCUCGGGAGCUGAUCUGUGGGGGUCUGAUAAUGAUAAUCGAUAUGGAAAGCCAAGAAUUGAUGAUGGAUUGCUCGAAGUUGUUGGUGUAACUGGUGUUGUUCACAUGGGUCAAGUACAAGGGGGUCUGCGGUCAGGAAUCCGUAUUGCCCAGGGCUCUUACUUCCGUGUUACCCUUCUAAAGCCUAUUCCAGUUCAAGUUGAUGGUGAACCCUGGAUCCAACCACCUGGACAGAUUAUUAUUUCAGCAGCUGGACCAAAGGUUCACAUGCUGAAGAAGUCUAAACAGAAGCAGAAGAAAACAUCUGCAAGCUCGAAGGACACAAAAGGCGAUUCUGUUAUACUGAAUGACAAUGGAAGCUAAAGAAAGAAGGUUCUAGAGAGAGGAUCAGACUUCACAGUAAAACGCCGCAGAUUGAAAUCUCAUGCCGAUUCACUCACCGAGAGAGAAAAUAUCUUCCAAAGUGUAACGAUUGUUCCUUUAACUGUGUUCCUGCAGCUUCCAAUAAUACAGACACUUUCCUAGUGUAAUUAGUGAUCACAAACUGACCUUGUUCUGUGUACCUGUAACUUGUCCAUUUGUGUGUGUGUGACAGAGAUCACACCCAGUGCCCAUAGGCCAGUUUGGUUCUAACUGAAUGAAAUGUAAGUACGUUUUUUUUUCCAGCUUUGGAAAAAUGAGUGCAUUUAUUUAUUUUAAACAUCCUUUUUAAUUUUUUUAAGAAGCUACUGUGUAGUAAAACUAAUGUCAGCAAUAAACACUGACGUUCUGGCAAAAUGGAAAUGGAAUCACACACUCAGCACAACACUAUUCUAAGGUUUCCUUAUAUAACGUUGAUAGUCAAUAACAUGGUAUUUAUUUCUGACUUCUGAACAAUAUGAACAUGGUUUGUAUUUUUUUAUGCAAAAUGUUUUUUUUGGGGUUUUUUUUUAUACACCUUAGGGUGUGUGAAUGUUGUCUGUCAAACAAAAUGUUACUAUGAAAAAAAUGACCAAAAAAGAAGAGUGCCAAGAAUCAAGUGUAGGAAAUAUUCUGUUUAAAUGUUAUGUUACUAUGUAAUAAUGAUUAGGCCCCCCCCCCCAACAUCAGUUCAACAAUGUGACAUCAUUUCAGAACAGAAUUGGGCAACGUUUAGAAAUAACAAUGAAUUUAAAUGACUGUGGAAUUCAGAUCCAUUAACAUUAUAAGAAAGAAGUCUUUAAACUCUGGGAGGCAAAUUAAAAAAUUUUGAAGUUUGAGGGGGGAAAAUGGCUAUAAAAACCCACAACUCACACGCUCAACUUUUCUUACGAAACCAUGCAAUAGGUCUUUAUCAUUAAUUAUUCCUUGUAGUUUUUUAAUUAUUGAAAUUUUUGUUCAGCAACUUGGAGUUCUUAGCAACUAUUUGGUUGCUAGGGUCCAAAUUACCUUAGCAGCCACGCAGUGGUUUGAAUGAGAAAAAUAUGUUUACAACAAUAACAAUGUCGAUAAAACUGUAGCCUCCCAGAGCAAUCGCUGAUGGCUGAUGGAGUCAGUGACCCCCAUUUGAAAGCUACAAAUAGGAGAAGAAGGCAAAUCAUUCAUAAACUAUAUAAAAAAAAUGAUGAAGACCAACUGAAAAGUUGUUUACAAUUGGCCAUUCUAUAAAAUACUAAAAGUUAACUUAAAGGUGAACCACCUGGUGCAUGCUGGGCCCAUUUAGGUUUGUUUGGGACAACCCCCAUGGACUUCUAUAGAAACUCCCCACCUUUUGUUUGUCAGGUUUUUUGAUAAAUCAAAUCAAAGCUAUUCUAGGUUUUGAAGAAUCUCCUCAUGUAUAUUUGCAUUUGAGGGUUUUUUUUUUUUUGCUGCAAUUUUUUUUUAGGAAUUGGAAAAAAGAUUGCAAACUUGAAUUUUGAGAAAUCUGCCUUUUAGUGUAGCAACAUAUAUUUUGUUUGUAAUAAAUAACUGAAUAAAAGAAUAUGUAAGAGAAUGGCAGCACCUGGGUGCAGUCGUCACAUAUUGACAGAUGCCCCUGCCACACUUGCAAAUAGAUCUUUAUACUAUAAUACACAAAGAACAGAAUGGUAUUUGCCAUAGGCACUUCCAGUAAAUGUUUUUUUGUUGAGUAUUUCAGAAUCUUUGAAGGUUGGUUAAAAAAAAAAGCUUUAAAUGCUUUUUCCAAGGAAAAGGACAUCCAAUAGUAAAAGAUAGGGUGGUUACAGCCUUGUCAUUGUUCCACACUUAUGGAAGUGUAGAAUCUUAUAUUCUCUGUCAUUUAUUUUUAAUUAGAAGCUAGAUAUGGGGUAAAUAUAUAAAAAUGAGCUUGUUCAUGUCAGAACCAACCAUGCAAUAUGCACUUUAUCCAAUGCGAAGCAAAGAGAAAAAGUUUAGUUAACCGAUAACCCAUAGGAAUAAAAAAGGAAUAUUAAGGGGGCCCCUGUUUUUUUAACAUGAGUGCAAUGAUUGAUCUUGUGCUGAACAUACUUUUAGCCUAUUGUUUUAAUUGUAAAAAAUCUAUGAUUUUGUUAUAUCUUGAGCUAAACAGGGAGACUGAAGCUACUUCAUGUUUGCUUCUUGCAAGGUAGAUAGAUUCCCAGUGCACACAUUAUACGCCCCUGCAUAAUGGACUAACAAAACAGUCACAACAAAGGGAGGGAGUUGCAUACUGGGAAUCUAGUUACCAAUCUCACAAGGAAAUCAUUAACCUUCUAUCAGGAUUAUAUAAUCUUUAUCUCUCUCUCUCUCUCUCUCUCUCUCUCUCUCUCUAUCUAUAUAUAUAUAUAUAUAUAUAUAUAUAAUAUGGUAUAUAGGUCUGUUAGCAUAAAUUAUUGUGUACUGGCACAUAUUUAAAUCCCUAAAGACAUUGAAUGGUAAAUGCCUAAAAUGACUCCUUAGCACAAACACAAUUGGUUAGUGGUGGGCCUCUGCUAGAUCGGUGUAAAAGAGCAUGUAUUUUCCAUACCCAAAAUAUAAAGGAUAUAUGAUUUUAUUUAAAGGGGCCAUUGUCUCUCAACUAAAUGUUUUGGACUGUGUGUAGCACUUAGUAAUAUAGUUAAUAUUGACAGGCUUGCACAAUUACAGUUCCUAGUAACUGAUCCACUGUGCAGUAACUGAUAUUGCAUACCUUCUCUCAUUUCUUUGUGUUACAUAUCUUCAUAUUAAUGCAAGAUGCCAUGAGAUUUUUGAGAGUCAAGUACUUUUUAUAUUUAUUGGUUAAACAGAGUCAAGAGAAUAAUAGUUUGUUAUAUGACAGAGUACUUGUUGUACAGCUUUCCUUUUCUGCCUGCGCAUUCCCAAGUAGUAUACACACAAGUAUAUUUAUCGCCUGAACUACUGACCACUUUCUUAUUGUUACGUCUCUUAUAGGGCAUAGGGGGAAGUUAGAUUUUGAAUGUUUCAUUUCUACUAUAUAAAAGAUUAGGCCCUUAUUGAAUGGAAGUGGUAAAUUAUUGUGCCGGUAAAUCCGUUGUGCCUUCACCUGCUAAGUAUUUUUUUUAACAUAUAGUUUUUGGGUUAGAAUGGGAGUUUGCUUAUUCAUGCAGAAUGUAGCCUGUUAUUACUCCCAGCUUAUUACACAGGUAUGGGAUCUGGGGCAUCUGGGGUUUUCUGGAUAACGGAGCUGUAUUUGGAUCACUAUAGCUGCUAAAGAUCAUUUAAACAUAAAAUAAACCGAAAUAGACCAAUAUGGAUUCAUGCAGCUUAGUUACCAUGAAACACAAGGUACUGUUUUAUUAUCACAGAGAAAAGAGAAAUCAUUUUUAAAAAUAAGAAUUAUUUUAUUGAAAUGGAGUCUAUGGGAGAUGGCCUUUCUGCAAUUCUGGAUAACUGGUUUCCGGAUAAUGAAUCCCAUAACUGUAACUGAUUUAUUAACUCCAUUACCUGCUUUUAAAAGACAACUUACCACGCAAAAAGAAUUCAAAAUGUAGCAGUUUUAACAAUUUCUCUGUUUCGAUGUGUAAUUUCCUGUUCUUCCUCUCCAGUUGAAGUGUGCAUGAUUGCAAGAAAAUCACUAGGAAUAUAUUUCAUGUUUUCUAAACUUUUCAAAAUAUGUAUAUAUAGAAGUGCAAUGCAAAUAAUUCAGAUAACAUGUACUGUACUGGUGUCCCUUGGAAGCAAGUGUUGCAAUGUUCAGGGUCCAGUUGCUCAUCCAGAGCCAUUACAUGGUCAGAAAGAAAAUACAUGGCUGCAGAUCCAAGUGGUAGAUUGUACAUAAUAAGGAAACAUUAUCUAACAGACCUGGACUGGCAAUCUGUGGAUUCAGGCAUAUGCCAGAGGGUUUGCUGUAAGAUGCCAUAGACAGUCACUAUUUAUUGGACUGAUGGGGGGCUGUUUGGGUCUCUGUGUACUUGAAAUGCCAGGGCCUAUUUUGAAUCCCAGUCUGGACCUGUUAUCUUAUUUAUGGUAGGGACCAAAACUGUUAUAUAUUCUAUUAAACAUAAAAUAUAAGGGUCUUAUUCACAACAUUUACCACUUAACAUUUCUUUCAUUGUGCCAGCAUUUGUUUCAUGGUAAUCUAUAGAGUGCCUCAAAAUGCACCUCACACUUAUGUUUACUUGUGGUUUAAUCUUGAAGGCAGGGUUAUUGUAGUUGUUACUUGUUGUCUUAAAUUACAAACCACUGUAUUAGUGAUCCAUAUGAUUUCCGAUUGUAGAUUUGGUUUUUUUUUUGUAUUUAAAUGCAGUUGUGCUGUAGUACUCUGAAAAUGAGAUGUAUAUAUUUUGCAACAUAGCUGUGUAUAUUAAUGGUUUAAUUUGCACUGAUUUCAGUUCUGUAUUUGAGUGUAAAUGUUGUGGAAUUCAGAGAUCUAUAUUGAGAUUGUGUCAAAUAUAAUAGUUUCUCCUA